AUGCUCUCAUUCCAGGCGCACGCGAAACAACACUACACAUGGAUUUUUUCCUGUGCUUGUUCGCCAGACGGUCAAUUUGUGGCCACUUCUUCAGAUGAUGGGACAGCCAAAGUAUGGGGAAUUACAAAUGGUAACUUGGUAUAUACUUUACGGCCGCCGACUGAAGGCGCUGUGGACAAGGUAACCUUCUCAUCCUCUGGAUACUUGGCGACCAUCUCAAAUCGACUAUUUGAUGUCACCGUCAAUCUAUGGGAGCCUUUGACAUAUAUAUUGGCGAACACUUUCACAAUGGAAAAAAAUAGAGACAAAUGCAAAAGCAACACAAGAUCCGCCCUUAACAAUGGAAUUGCAAUUGGCUCGGAUAAAUGCAUCAGCAUCUGGAAUAUCGAAGAUGGCUCAAUGAUUCGUACUUUCGGAACGAAUGCAGAGGGUCUAGCUUUUUCAUCAAACUACGGAAUACUUGCUUCUCAUUCAGAUAACGGCGAAGUGAAAUUAUGGAAUCCUGAUUCAGGUAAUUCAAUUGGAACGCUCUCUUGUUUCGAUUCCAGAAUCAUCUCUCUCACCUUCUCUUUCGAUGACACCCAGCUCGCUACUGCUUCAGACAAUGGCGCAAUUAGCAUUUGGGACCUGAAAACCAAAGGUAUUAAGGCGAAACCGACACAAUAUUAUCCCAUCGAUUUUGUAACAUUCUCGCUAGAUGGCGGUCUUAUUGCUGCUGCCUCUAAAGGCGGUGUUGUCUCUAUCUGGGAUGGUGACACCGGAGAACAUCGCGCCUCACUGACAGGCCAGAGCGAAAACGUGCUAUGGCUACAGUUCUCGUAUGAUGGCAGUAUGCUGGCCUCAUCUUGUCCAAGUGGUGUUAUAAGUGUCUGGAAUGUCCAAGAUGGAUCGCUACUGCGUACACUUAAAGGCCACAAGAACUGGGUUAGACGCGUACAAUUUUCCAUGGACAAUCGGAAAUUAGCAUCAGUAUCGGACGAUGGCACC